AAUGUGUGUGUGCGCGCGCGUGAGAGAGAGAGAGAGAGAGAGAGAGAGAGAGAGAGAGACAGACAGACUAGACUAGACUGAACACAGAACAGAGCUGUGACUCUCUCUGAACGUUAUCACAGGAAGAUGAGUUUCUUAUUUGGUAAUCGCUCGUCCAGGACAUUUAAGCCCAAGAAGAACAUUCCAGAAGGUUCCCACCAGUAUGAGCUGCUGAAACAUGCUGAGGCAACACUGGGCAGUGGGAACCUGCGCAUGGCUGUCAUGUUGCCAGAUGGAGAAGAUCUGAAUGAAUGGGUUGCAGUGAACACUGUGGACUUCUUUAAUCAGAUCAACAUGCUGUAUGGGACUGUCACAGACUUUUGCUCUGAGGACAGCUGUCCUGUUAUGUCUGCCGGACCCAAAUACGAGUAUCACUGGGCCGAUGGAACCAACAUCAAAAAGCCAAUUAAAUGCUCCGCUCCUAAAUAUAUUGACUACCUGAUGACCUGGGUACAGGAUCAGCUUGAUGAUGAAACUCUCUUCCCAUCCAAAAUUGGUGUCCCCUUUCCCAAGAACUUCAUGUCUGUCGCCAAGACCAUUUUGAAGCGUCUUUUUCGUGUAUAUGCUCACAUUUACCACCAACACUUUGACUCAGUCAUGCAGCUGCAGGAGGAGGCACAUCUCAACACCUCCUUUAAGCACUUCAUCUUUUUUGUCCAGGAGUUUAACCUGAUUGACCGCAAGGAACUUGCACCGCUUCAAGAGCUGAUUGACAAACUGGCAACCAAGGACAGAUAGAUGGACAUGAAAAAAAUAUUAUUCUGUCAAGUUACUGAUCUCCAUCUCCCUUUUUCUGCCUCUCUUGGUUGCUUUUAUUCUCUUUACGAUGCCCCACUCUGGUUUAUUCUCUAGAGCACAUGUUGAGAUAACAUUAGCUGGGCAACAGGUAAUGCUGUUCUAUAAUACCAUAAAAUGUGCUAGCGCAAUACUACUGAAUGAAAAGGGAGUUAGCUUGUGUCCUAUGGUAGUCACAGUUUUCCAGCCUAUAAUUAUAGGUUUGUUGAUUUACAGAUUCAUCAGUAAACCAUGGGUUCCUGCUCCACAACUAGACCCCUUUAAACUUCAUGAUAGAUUAGUGUUUUUCUUUAAUAUUUUUAUUGUUUUUCAGUUUGUUGUGACAGUUUGAUCCACCAGCACUGAGGUGUAACAGCAUCAGUCUAUUAAUAUCUGAUGAUUUGUUUGUGUGUUUGUGAGCAUGUCAAUGCAAGCGAACAGCAAACAAAUUCUGUAAUGUAGUCUAUUUCCCUAUGCAAUUACUAUGCUGAAUUAUUCUGAUGAUUUGUAAUUAUGUUAAUAUUACAUUUCUCAUAAUGCUAAUGCUUAUCGGUGCCUAGUUUUAUCCGCUCCUUUUUUUUUCAGAUCUUAUUACACUCCAGCAUUAUCUGUGUGUAGAUUGUUGUCUUUCCUAGAUUUCACUACACAACUAGUCUGCAUUCUGUUAAUAAGUCCAUUAGCUAUAAAUGUUAUAUCAGGCAUCUGCCAAAUGCCAUAAAUGUAUUUUUUGUUAGUUUCAGAAAUAUUAUUUAGGAAUUCCUAAUCUGUUAUUUCACUCUGAUAUUUGGUUUAUUUUCCCAAUCUUUAAUUUUUUUUAAAACUUUUAACUGGUCUGCACAAAGGUUUAUCUGUUGACUCUUUACAUACCUUAGCUUUAUAGGUGUAAUUUAACUUAAUUAAUUCAUUAAACUUGUACAGUCCUCACAAAUAUUAACAUAUAUGUGCCAACGAAUGAUUGCUAUUAAAAACACUUAAAUAUUUACUAUUGACAAUGAGAUGGAUAUUUUUUUCGUUACACUGUAUAAUAAUAAAAGCAUUUUUAUCUAGAUCUAAUAUGUAUGAAUGUGUCUGUAGGGAAGGAUGUUUUUUGUUUGUUGUUUUGUUUUUUAAAUCUGUGACCGAUUGUUUCACAGUAAUAAAUGCGGUGUAUUUUCAAGCAUGUUCAA